AUGUCGACGACGGACGAGAUCGUACUGGUGUUGUUCAAGAGGGAUCUCCCUCCUCUCGAGCCGGGCGACAAGGUGUGGAGCGAUGGUUUGACGGGUAAGAUCAAGGGGUUGAAAGAGCAUAGAUUUGUCAUUGCUGCUCUUCAUCUGGCCAAUGACGAUAUACACAACUGUCACCUGAUCUCACAGGAUAACGAGGGUGACCCGACGGCUGAUUUGUUACAUGCUACAUUGCACAGAAGAGAAGGUGAUUAUGGGAACUCUAAAUAUUGGUGGUCCCGCGUCUCACACCCUUUAAUACCUUCCAUCACCACCGCCAAAUCGUUCGUUGACGCCUGUGAGGUUCACGCCGGUUCAGGAUCAUCCGAAGAGGUCAAAUUGAGGGAAAAGCAGUGGGAAGAAAUCAAGGGUUUGGUACUUUGGACGAGGGAGAAUUGUCAUUGA